UGUUAUAGGCCUUUGUGGUUCUAAGAAAUGCAAGACAUGAUGAGUAGUGGUGGUGGUGCAAUUGGAGGGCUGAGCAGCGUCGGUGAAGUGGCUGUUUCUGGUGACCAGAACCGUCAGCUGAAGGCUGAGAUAGCCGUUCAUCCGCUGUGUGAGCAGCUUCUAGCAGCUCAUGUUUCUUGUCUCCGUGUGGCUACUCCAAUCGAUCAGUUGCCUUUGAUCGAUGCACAGUUGGCACAGUCUCAUAAUCUUCUUAGGUCAUAUGCUUCACAGUAUCACCAACAGGGCCAUUCGUUAUCUCCCCAUGAAAGACAGGAGCUUGAAAACUUCUUGGCACAAUAUUUGGUAGUGCUGUGUACUUUCAAAGAACAGCUUCAACAACAUGUCAGAGUUCAUGCCGUUGAAGCUGUUAUGGCUUGCCGUGAAAUUGAAAAUAGCUUACAAGCUCUUACUGGAGUUAGCUUGGGGGAAGGUACAGGUGCAACAAUGUCAGAUGAUGAGGACGAGAUGCAGAUGGAUUUUUGUUUGGAUCAAUCCGGCAGCGAAGGGCAUGACUUAAUGGGUUUUGGUCCCUUAAUCCCUACUGAAUCCGAAAGGUCUUUGAUGGAGAGGGUUCGUCAGGAGCUCAAGAUUGAACUCAAACAGGGUUUCAAAUCAAGAAUUGAGGACGUGAGGGAGGAGAUUUUAAGAAAAAGAAGGGCUGGGAAAUUACCAGGCGACACAACCACUGUGCUCAAGAACUGGUGGCAGCAGCACUCAAAGUGGCCAUACCCAACUGAAGAUGAUAAGGCCAAACUUGUAGAGGAAACAGGAUUGCAGCAAAAGCAAAUCAACAACUGGUUCAUCAACCAAAGGAAGCGAAACUGGCACAGCAACUCUCAAUCUGUCAUCUCCUUGAAGUCCAAGCGGAAAAGGCAGACGCACAAAUGAGAAAUGGAGAAGAUGAUAGUUUGUUUCAUCAUGUUAAUGUGUAAUAGAUUUGAGUAUCAUAUGGCUUACAUGUAAGUAUAGAUUUAAAUCGCGGUUUUGGUGGUAUUUUCGGUUGCGUUGCAUUUAUCGCGAUUGCGGACAUAGUGAUAUUGCGGUCAUUACUAAUAUCGUGAUCAUGCAAUAGCAGUUGCAGACCACACUACUACCGCUAUAUAACGGGCACUAUUAUAAUAACAAAUCUCUAUCUAAAUCCAUGCAUGUAAGCGUGUAGAUUCAAGUUUUUAACAAAGUAAGCAUACUACUACCUGCCGGACCACAUUUUCUUUGGAUAUUUCUCAAAUUUCUAAUAUUCAUAUAUC